GAUACCUCCUUCGAUUGAUAGUUCAUUGCAUGCAAGCAGUGUUUUAUUAGUUUUUUGUUUGUUUUGUUUUCGUUUAGGUUUUCACUACUCUCCUUCAAACUCCAUCUUUCCAAUUGCUCUCUUUGAGAUACUCUGUGCCGUUUCCUACUGCGUUCGUUUCUCUCCUGAAACACGACCAUGGCAGUUUCUGCAAUAGGUUUUGAAGGUUAUGAAAAGAGGUUGGAAAUAUGCUUUUCCCAACCAGGAAUAUUUGCUGACCCUGAAGGAAGGGGUUUAAGAGUUCUUACGAAAUCCCAGUUGGAUGAGAUCCUAACACCAGCUGCUUGCACCAUAGUCUCUUCGCUCUCAAAUGAUGAUGUUGACUCCUAUGUACUGUCUGAGUCCAGCCUCUUUGUUUAUGCGUACAAGAUCAUCAUCAAAACCUGUGGGACUACAAAGUUACUUCUUGCAAUCCCGCCCAUACUGAAGUUCGCUGAUAUGCUUUCUCUUAAAGUUAGGUCUGUAACGUAUACCAGGGGAAGUUUCAUCUUUCCUGGUGCUCAGCCAUAUCCCCAUCGCUGCUUUACCGAGGAAGUAGCAAUCCUUAAUGACUACUUUGGGAAACUUGGAUUAGGGAGCAUGGCUUAUAUAAUGGGUAGUCCAGACAAAAAGCAGAAAUGGCAUAUCUAUUCUGCAUCUGCUGAUUCUGUAAUGUCAUCCGACAAGAAUAUUUAUACUCUAGAGAUGUGUAUGACGGGCCUUGAUAGAGAGAAAGCACAAAUUUUCUACAAAGAACAAUCUGCUUCAGCUGCCAUGAUGACUGUUAACUCUGGCAUCAGAAAGAUUCUUCCGAAUUCUGAGAUAUGCGAUUUCGACUUUGAGCCAUGUGGUUAUUCAAUGAAUUCUGUUGAAGGGGGUGCUGUUUCUACCAUUCAUAUUACUCCUGAAGAUGGAUUCAGUUAUGCAAGCUUUGAGACUGUGGGCUACGACUUUAAAGUUGUGAACCUGAACGAGUUGGUAGACAGGGUUUUGUCAUGUUUCCUUCCGAAUGAAUUUUCUGUAGCAAUUCAUGCGGAUGGUGGAAGCAAGCCCUUUGAACAUAUGUUUUUUGUGGAUGUGAAGGGAUACUGUCGUGAAGAGUGGAGCCACGAAGGGCUUGGAAUGGGUGGUUCUGUUGUCUACCAAAGAUUCGUCAAGAUUAGUGACUGUGUUUCACCUAGAUCAACUCUGAAGUGUUGGAAAGAUGAAGUUGAAGAAGAGUAGUUUAAGUGUGGUUGUGAACCUUUGUCUUUGUAAUAAGUCUGCUUUUCCAGACACGUUAUUAGUUUCUCUGUUUUCCUGUUUUCAUAUUAUUGUCUCUGUCGUUUUUUUCUGUAAUGUUGCUUGUGUUCUGACUUUUAUUAGUUCCAUUUCAAUUGUGUAAUAAAAAUGAAGCACUUGCUUUAAAUUUGCA